CUUCUUACUUUGUUUUCAGGAAAGUCAAACAGCCAAUGCUCAACAUGUCGAUAAAUGGGGCGAGCUGGAAGAAAAAUGUUCGCGUAUGAUUAACGAUUCAAAAGAUAUGGAAAAUAGGUAAUUUCAUUCACCAAAGAAAUGCAAAUAAAUCACCACAGCUAGAAAGAGCAUAUAUACUAAAAUGAGUAAAGUUUGGUUACGAAAUGUUGUAAAAUGCUGAAAAUAUAUAGCCUUGCAAAACUUGCACCUUGCACAUAGCAACACAUCUUCACACAUAGCAGUACAUGACAACACAUCCUCACACAUUGCAAUACAGGGUGUAUAAAGGUAAUCGAACUUCAGCGCGCUAUUAUACGUGAAUUACUCUGCGUAUGAACAAUUGGUUUUCAUAUUCGGAAAGAUCAGGCUUUUAGCUAUUGAAUGACAUGCUUUUUGUACCAAGUGGAGAAAAAAUAAGCAUGUACGAGGCCGAUUAAAAAUGUUAGUCAAAAUCGCAUAUUUUCACCUCUGUGCCUAAUUAAAACAAUGCAUAACAAAAGAAAAAAGCAAUUAAUCGCGAACGUGUCGUAGCUUAGUGUGCAGUUUAAGUGAAAUUCAUUAACUUAAGUCCUAAAGGGAAUUCAUUUUCAAUGGUUUUAGACCUAACUCUCAACGGUGAAAAUAUGCGAUUCUGACUAAGAUUUUUUAUCGGAUUCGUAUUUGCUCAUUUUUUAUCCAUUUGGCAUGAAGAAGAUGUCAUUUAACAACUAUUAGCAUGAUCUUUCCGAAUGUGAAAAAAUCUCGUUCAUACUUAGAGUAAUUCAGAUACAAUAGCGCGCUGAAGUUCGAUUACCUUUUUUUUUAUACACCCUGUACAUCUUCACAAGGGUGGGUUGACUAUACAACAUUUUUGUAGUUCGCUAUAACUACAGCUACUUCAAAGAUAUGUAGUCAGCUACAAGUACUGCUACUUUUGAACAAAGGUAGUUCGCUGCUGACUACAGCUACUGCUUAAAAAAUGUAGCGAACUAUUUCGCUAUUUCGCUACGCUAUAUUUUUAGUUUUACUAUAUUUGGAGCAUCUACUAACUCAGGCUGUAAUGUAAUCUAUGGCCAUCUAUAACAAAUCGACUUACGAGUAGCAACGGUAAACACAAAGCAACAUUUUUGUAAGCACUACAGUGUUCAGGAGUGCAAAUUGACUAUUGAGUAUUGAUUUUAAGCAAACCGUGUCUCAAUAUCAUGCUAUUCUAUCAAGUUGCUAACAAUUUUUAAAAGUAGCGAAUAGCGAUUCGCUGUUUGAAAAGUAGUCAACUACUUGGCUACUUUUAGGCAAAAUGUAGUUCGCUAUAACUACAGCACUGUUUUAAAAAAGUAGUCAAAAACUACUGGCUACUUGAAAAUUAUAGUUCGCUACAGUAGCGAACUACAACUACUUCGCUACAACCCACCCUUGCAUCUUCACAUAUAGAAACACUUAGUCACACAUAUCAACGCAUCCUCAAACAUAGCAGCACAUAGCAACGCAUAUAGUCGCAUAGCCACACAUUUUGUAUACUUUUGCAUAUUACGUGCGGAAAUUGCUACCACAUUUGGACCGAAAAUGGUCACCAAGGCUUAAACUACCGUAAAUCUCCGACUAUAAGCCCCGCCCCCGAAUAUAAGCCCCCGUGUAUAAACCCACCACAUGUACUAACGCUCACCUCAUUCCAAAUAUAAGCCCCCCCCCCAGAAUAUAACCCACCCGAAUAUAUGCCCCCCGAAUAUAAGUCUCCCAAUUAAUAUAAGCCCAGUAAUCGCUGCUUAAUACACGUUUAUUUCCCUGUUUAUGACUCACUUGUUUAUGUCUGACUUGUUUAUUACUAACACAAAAGAUCGUUCAUGUAUAAGCCCACCCGUAUAUAAGUCCCUCCCCUUGUAUAAGCCCAUCAAAAAUCGCUUACGAAAUUAUAUAAGCCCAGGGCUUAUAGUCGGAGGUUUACGGUAUAAGAAAAUGCCUGUUGCCAGCUUCUAACAUAAAGUUGCCAUCAUGCAAACUCUAUUUAGAGGCACUUUUUGCCAGCCUGGCCGGCCGGCCGACUUAGUAAAUAAAAAGCCAUUGUUGUACUAUUGUACUAUAGGUUACAUGAAGUAUCCAAGGAGAAGGGCGCUGUUGAAGAGACUAUGCAACAGAUUAGUCAGCAACUUGUCACGUGCGAAAGCAAAAGGUAAACCAGAUUUGCAUUGGUGAAAACGCACAAGUUUGUUUCAGAUCUGCAAAUAAGUUGUAGCAAGGUUGUUGUCAAGCCGAUAUCAGGAUGUGUUCGCACUGCUUGUUCCCAGUUGUUGUGACAAGUCUGGAAACAAGUUGUUAUCAUCUUGUUACAAGGUUGAUGACGGUAACAGACUUGCUACAAGUUGUUCCAACAAGACUGUUAUGGUGCGUUAUUUAUGCGUCAAAUAUAUUUUCCAGUUAGGUAUAUUUUCAACCUUUAGGCUUCGGGUUCAAAUUAUAUUAACGCUACCGUAACACAAAUAGCAUGAAACCUUAUACCUUUUAUAUAUUUUAUUUACUUUCAACAAUAUGAAUUAGCGUCUCUAUAAUGUUAUAAUAAUAUAGUAAUCUUAAUAUAUCAACUUAUCUCUCUAUUUGUUUGAGCUGAGCACAACUUUGAAUCUUUAUUCUUUAUACUUUGUAUUCCGUCUUCUUUAAUAAUAAUUAUUCCACAAUAUUCCAAUGUUCUUCAGUUUACUUGACGAGGCUUAAUUAUCUAGCCUUUUAAUUAUAUACUUCAGCCUUUGUUGACUUAUGAAGUAUUUUAGCCUAAAUGGCUCUUCUCACUUCACUCUCCGCUCUCAGGUUGUGCUCAGCUUUUAUAAUAAAUUUUAGAGGAAGAAAUCUGUAACUAUGACUAAUUUCCUCUACGCAAUAUGUUUGUCAAAGCAAGUUCUAGCAGUGUUUAUCAACCACAAAACUAUGUCCUGUUUGCGAGGUUUGUGGUACUAGGCGUUUCCCGUGGUUCUUUAAUCUCUCUAAAUAUUUGCUUAUUCAUGCGAGGAAGGUUGCCUAAGGUCUUCCUCUUAUAAUUAUAACAGUAUACUGAAUAUAUAGUAUUGAAUAUAGUAUUGAAUAUAUUAAAUAACAUGGUAUAACACUGCCAUGUUACAAAGACUAAUACAGGCUUUUCGUAACAAGUUGCUACGAGCUUGUUGUCUCAACUUGUUAACAACUUGCUUGUGUGAUGUUACUCUGAGUGUAUAUCCACACCGGGCAGGCUUGAAAAAUAUGCCUGGCCACGGUGGGAAUCGAACCUACGACCUUUGGAAUACCAGCCGCAUGCUAGCCUGCCCGGUGUGGAUAUACACUCAGAAUAACAUCACACAAGCAUCUUAUUCACCUGAGUACAUUACACCAACACAGCAAAUAUCAUGCUUUUUAACAACUUGUUACGUGCAGACGCGAUACUACUGAUCAGACUUGUUGGUCUCAUCAACCUUGUUACAAGAUGAUAACAACUUGUUUCAGACUUGUCAACAAGCAAUGUGAACACAUCUUGUCGACGGCGGUAGUUAAAAAAUCAAAGGCCUUCGAGGCCGACUCACGGAUGAGAUCAAAUUAAUUAAAGGGGGAUAUGAUUUACAGCAGUUUUUUACAAAUGGGAACCGUGCAAGGGCAAGGACAUUAUUUGGUAAAACACGACAUAAUAUAAAAUCUUCCCGAAGAUCUUACAGGUUUAAACAGUUUAAUUUUAACGACAUCCUCGAUUUUAACAAUAAGGGACCGGUCAUUAAUUAUGGAAGGGGGGAGGGGAGGAAAAAAAUAAGGGGGGCAUAUGUAGAAAUGACUAGAAGGGGGGCUAUUAAAUUUUUUCAAGAAAAUGACAGGGGGUGUUGCAAUUAAACUUAAAGGAAUUUGCUUAAUAACCUGGUAUCCAUUUGGUUGUAAAUGUUGCAACUAAAUCAUGGUCACUGAUGUGAAAUAGUCUGGAUUCAUCUUGUCUUGUGUGUGCUGUAUGCAAAUCAGUCUUUACGGAUUGCAGACUAGUUAAAUUGACAAUGUAUUAUUACAUCAGCUCUUGAUGUGGUUAAAUACAUUUAAAUUAAGCAAGGUUAACGGCGUUUGUAUUAUGCAGGCCACAUCCGCUGCUGGGAAUCUGUGACGUCAUAUCGAUCAAAGGGGGUUGUUUCAUGCCUUGUGAUCAGUGCUUCAGUCUGGGUAUUCAUUCUACCAUUGUAUGCUUUGCCUAACUGCAGCAAGUUUUGCGCUUCGAUACCUUUUCCCGACCCACCCACCCAUGUUCAUUCUAAAAGAUUUUAUCUGGUAGCUAGUAUAUGUCAUUUUUAUAUAAUUUUUAAUCUCACACAAAAUAGGAUGUAUAGACCACUAUACACUGUCGCAGGUAUGCCUUGGCAGAAUUGUCAUUGCUAUCUCCUUUUGCUGCUAAUUUUACUGAUUGUUGCUCUCAUUGUUGCCGCGCAGCUGCUAUGGCAAUACUUCGUACCAUCAAGUCUAGUUGCAGCCUUAAACAUGGUUACAAUCGCCCAGACCAAAUGGAAACCUGAUUUUAGUGUUAUAUAUAAAAAUACUCCUCUUUUAAUUACAAUUUUCUGCUAAUAAAUAUAUAUUUUUGGUCGACGUUAAUAUCUUGCCAGUUCCAUAUUCUUACUUAAUAAUUAAUACUAUAACGCCUGGGUAUCCCCAUUUGACGAGUAAAAAUGAAAAUGGGGGGGGGUCAAAGAAAAAUAUUCUAAUAUGCAGGGGGGGCCAUCAUUAAAUUUCUGCCAUUUAGGGGGGGGGCUUUCAAUUUUAAAAAUUUAGAAAAGAAAAAAUUCCCCUCCCCCUUCCAUAAAUAAUGACCGGUCCCUAACCAAUAUCAACAGUCUUGAAAAAACAAUCUGAAUAGAUUAUUAUAAAACUACACACUAUCAAAGCAAAUCUAUAUAAAAGUACAAUAACCGUAGCUGUCAGGUGUGUAUAGUGUUCAACAGAAUAACUAUAAGUAUCAAGCUGUACCUAAUACAGUCAGUAUCAGUACAUCCAAUGACCGUGGCUUUCCGAUAUGUACAGUGUUAAACAGACUGACAAUUUAAACAUGAUAACUAUAAUAAGUAUAAAGCUGUCCCCAAUGUAAUAUAUCAAAUGACCGUAGCUGUCCGAUCUACAGUGUUGAACAGGGCAAUCUAAACAUGAUAGCUAUAAGUAUAAAGCUGUAACCAAUACAGUACAUGCUGCAUCAACGACCGUAGCUGUACGAUGUACGAUGUACAGUGUUGAACAGAAAAAUUUAAACAGAACAACUAUAAAACAGCACCCUUAUUGAUACAACGGUACAGGUAGCUGUCCAAUGGCAGUAAAGUGUAAGUAAAUCCAGGUGGUAAUGCUGCCUCAGUGUCCAAUGCUCUUUUUCUUUUUAGACCAUUUAUAAUUGUUACCAAACUGUGAAUAAACAUAAAUAUCUACAUUGAAAAGGGAAUGGCUGCAAAAAUUUCAAUAUCAGUCCCCCACACACCACUGUUCCUCAUGUUGCUUAUGGCUCAAUAAUGAUCUACUGAACUAUUCAUAUAUGGUCUAAGGACAUGUUCUAUACUGUUCAUGUGAUCCACUAUUUUUUGUCUUAAAAUCAUGUGGUAUGUUUGUCUACCGGUUAAAAUAUAUGACAGUGCUCUAAAUAAACAAUUGCCAUCCCCUGUAUUAAAUCCGACAGAGUUUCGUUGGAUUAACUAGUGGUUUUGAUGUUGUUUCAUUGCGUCUAAAUAUAAGUGGGACAUUCAUCAAAGAGCAUAAGGACAGCUGAAAUUCUCCUGAUAGAGGAUAAAAAUGAAGCGAUCUAUCGAUACACUGCUGAGACUCGUCCGUGCCAGCUGAUACUAGGCUACAGUGCAAGCGCAGUCAUGUGAAAUAUACAACGGCAAGUCAGCAACGUGACUUUAAUACAAAGAUUUUGUGUCGUGUUGCUUCGAAUAAGACAAAUAUGUCCUUUGUAUUCCGUGACAGCUAAAACAUGAAUUAUUUAAUUUAAAUAACAUGAUUAAAUUUGGUAAACAAAAAACUCUUUCAAUCGACAGAAACUAUGGAAACAGUGUUGAAACGGUGUUGACGACAGAAACUAUGGAAACAGUGUUGAAACGGUGUUGAAACACAGCUGACAGAGGCGCUCGAAAGGCACCAGAAAAUGUGAACACUUGUAUAUAUAUUGAACAAAAUAGUGUUAAUAUUUCAGCUAAAAGGUAGAUCAGUGUGUUAACAGCAGAUCUGUUGGGUGAAGUAGAAAAACAGAUAACAAUUAAGUCAACUAACCCUCACCUUUUAAUUUAGCACACGCUUGUCAAAAAGUCAAAAGUUGAAAAGAACGUGAAGCGUGCUCCAGCCCAAUUUCCGGUUCCAAAAGACCCGUUCGCAGGCAAACACUGCGCGCAAAGCAGGCUGGUCAUUUCCCAUUGUUUAACUGCCCCACUCAAGUAAACCACAAAGACUCACAGAUGUUGCUUCGCAACAUCCGUGAGUCAAUGAAGUCGAAAAAAUGUCCGAAAUUUAUUUUUGUCGGACAUUUUUCCGGGCAAUUUAUUUCACGAGAUUGCUGACAGGGUGUUGUGUGGAAAUUUACAAAAUGUAAUUUAUUUGACUUAUUCAUUUUUAGAAAUGCUUUGGAAGUUGAUUUGAAAAUUGAACGGGAUUGGAGGUCUGGACUUCAGGAAGAACUCAUGCGAGUGAAUGAAAACCUCUCGCAAAUGGAAGGACGAGCUCGCGAUUUGGAGGAAUUGAAACAGGUAUUGAGACAGCGAGUAUAACACUAUUUAUACCGGAUAGCUCUAUCUGUUUUAAGUUGUUCUUCCUAGACGUCCAGUAAAAGUACUGCACAGCCUGCACUCUCUUAUUCAGACUCUUCCCUUAUCGAUCCAGUGUUAUAUACUACAUUUACAGGAGGAAACCUAAACUAGACUAAAUUUAAGCCUGGUUCACAUAUGCCUGCGGUAUGCCUGCGACUGUAUCAUUAUGCCUCUACUUGCCGCCGAAAUACCGGCAAAGUUGAACUCAGGUCAACCUUCCCGGCCUACCGCCGAUGUAACUGUGGCACUGGAGGCAAUCGGUGAACAAAUAUUCACAUAAUUCACGUUUUAAGCUACCACCGGCAUCGUCGCCGGUACGUCGCAGGCACGUCGCAGGCAUAUAUGUGAACCAGGCUUUAUUUAUACUGAAUAGCUCUAUCAGUCUAAACUGUUCUUAGGUAUAGAACUAGUCUAAUUGAAAGUACUCUGCUCACAUUCGACUGAGCAAAAUUAUAAUCGCACAACGACAUACUGCUGGAACAUACCCGCACACCCGAUUACCUAUAUAUACAUGAACUUGUGCUGCAUUUUUCGCAGUCGUUCCUGGUUAGGUCUUAAAAUGUAUAUAUUCUCACUUGGAUUACAAACCCUAACAUCCUAAAUGCUGGAAUUGAAACCCUCUCUCUCAGGUGAAAGACACGCCCCCACACGAUACGAGCAGGAAAUAGCUAAAGUUACUAAAUUUCUAAACCGUCUUUGUAUUUAGAAGUACGCGUCUUUGCAAGAAGCUCACGAGGAAUUGAAGAAAUCAUUCCUGGAACAAGAAACGGUCAGCCUAUACCGUAGCUAUUUCUUAUUUUCUUUUGUUCAUUUGUUUAUUUAUUGCUUCGUAUAUUUAUGUAUUUAUCAAUAUGAGUAAUACGGUUAUCACACUAUUAAGCUUGUGAAUAACUAACCCACUAAAAUAUUUGUUUUAUUAAUGUUGAUGCUUGUCUUAUUGUUGUUGUAUUGUCUCACUUUUAGGCCUUGAUAGAAAUGGGAAACACGCUAAGCAGGUACGAUAUGGCUAUUCUAUGACGUUAAUUGAGGACAAAUUAAAUAUAGCGUUAAUGUGUCAUGCAUGGCCAGAAAUGAAAGGAAAAAAAAUAUUCUCCUUCCUUCGUAAUUUGCACAUUACGUUGAAAUAUGGCUUCAACUGCAUGUAAAUAGUGAAUUACAUAAUGUGAUGUUGUUAAUCGCAAAAUCUGAGAGUAAAGUAGGUCGUUUGCAACUUGCCUCAAUCGUUGGUUGUAAAACAAAAUCUGUCGAAGUAUUUAAUGUAAUGUUGACCUGAUUACAGUUACUGCCUAUUCUGCAUUUUCAAUAUUUUUACAGAGGUUAGUUUUUACGACAUUUGUCUAUUUAACUCUAUAUAUGAAUACCGCACUAUUGCCAGUAGGAACAAACGAAAAUGCAGAAUAGACAGUAACUUACAGCAGGCAAACAUUACAACCAACAAUGGGUGAUUCCAGCUGUAGACUAAAUUUUGAUCAAGGCAAGAAGAAUGAAAUCCAACACCACAGCUAGAAAGCGCGUCUUAGAAUGAGUAAAACUGCAAAGAUUGGUUGCUAAAUGUUGUAAAAUGAAGAAAAUAUAUAUAACCCUGUGAAGUUCGCAAAUUAUGUAUAUAUUUGUAUUACGCGCGGUGAAAAUAACCAAUUCCAUCUUUCGGCUCAAAAAUGGUUAUUUUUCCCGCGCGUAAUGCAAAUAUAUACAUGCAGAACUUGCGAACUUCAUAGGUCUAUAUUUUCCUCAUUUUACAACAAUUCGCAACCAAACUUUGCAAUUUUACUCAUUUUAAGAUGCUCUUUCCAGCUAUUCUUGUCUAGAUCAAAAUUUCGUCUAUAGCUCCGGAAUCAUCCAUUUACGCAAAUUGUAUUUUCGACCUAUCGUAUAUAUUCUCUGAUUUUGCGAUUUACAGCAUCGCAUAAUAUAAUUUACUCAUGUUUACUCAUGCAGAAGCCAUGUUUCAAAGGGUUAUGCAACUUAUGCAUCGAUGAUGUGCAAAUUAGUAAGCAAGUUUAGAAUAAUCGUGUCCGUGCUUUCUGGCCAUUUAUUUCGUUAUUUCCAUUUAUAAAUGCAAUAAUUUUUAGUUCUCAUUUGAAAGUCGUCGAGAUGAAAGAAGCUCAUCAAAAUAUGAAGGUAUGUAAUCAAAUUGAAUUAUGGUUUUAACUAAGCAUGCUUGUCAAUAACCUGAAAUUAUUUUGAAGUGAUGUUUUUGAAAUUAUAAUAUAAGGCUAAUUUUUUACGAUCUCAAUUUUACCAAAAUUAAAAACCACAUUAUUCAAUUCAAAAUAUUUUUUUUAAAUUUACAUGUUCAGGACAUGAAGUGGGCCGAUGAUAAAGACACGGACCAUUGUCAGUUGUGUAAACAAGCAUUCUCAAUUUCUCGUCGAAAAGUAAGUAAAUUAAUGUAUUUAGAACUGCUGGGAAAUUCGUUUUGAUCAAGUCCUAGGACUGGAAGAAGUUUGAUCAAGUCCUAGGACUGGAUGAAGUUUCAUCAAGUCUUAGGACUGGAUGAAGUUUGAUCAAGUCCUAGGACUGGAUGAAGUUUUAUCAAGUCCUAUAUAGGACUGGAUGAAGUUUGAUGAAGUCCUAGGACUAGAUGAAGUUUGAUCAAGUCUUAGGACUAGAUGAAGUUUGAUCAAGUCUUAGGACUAGAUGAAGUUUGAUCAAGUCCUAGGACUGAAUGAAGUUUUAUCAAGUCCUAUAUAGGACUGGAUGAAGUUUGAUCAAGUCCUAGGACUGAAUGAAGUUUGAUCAAGUCCUAGGACUGAAUGAAGUUUGAUCAAGUCUUAGGACUGGAUGAAGUUUUAUCAAGUCUUAGGACUGGAUGAAGUUUUGAUCAAGUCCUAGGACUGGAUGAAGUUUGAUCAAGUCCUAGGACUGGAUUGAAACACAGCUUAUUGCAAAUUGACUGUUUUUACGAGUCAUUCGCGACUAUUUAAGCCGAGGCGUAUUUUCGCUCGUAUAAAUUGCGCUAGUAUUAUGUACUUGCAAAGCUACAGUGAUGAACAUUCGAGCUUGUGUGAAAGUUUUGCCUAAAGCAAAUCUACAAACAUCGUUUUUUUCUGCAAAACCAAACAAUUAUAUUUACUAUUAGUAUUUAGUGCAAAGAACUUAUGAGUCUCUCUAGAACAAAUUUGUUACGCUGUCACUGCGCAAUGUCAACAAUAUUUUACAACAGCUGUAGCUUGAGAUCUUGCUUUAUUCAUGGCUGGGAACUCCGUCCACGUGUUUGUAUCAAAAUUGAAACAUUCACAAUAUCUAAUAUCUGAAAACAUAUCUUUCGCCCCACCCAGUACGAUAAUACUAUCACCAACGGUCACCGCUGUGCAACUGUAUCGCUUCUUUUGCAUCGCGGGCAACAUGCGAUAACUUCCUGUUGUCACAUUAUACAACAACACUGUAUUCAAAGCCUUCUCUUCAUUAUCUUGCCCGCCAAGGACGAUCACAUUGUCUUUCCAAGUUACUGUUGCCAUCUUUGUUACCGGAUAUGGAAGUCGACCGAGCUCUGUACAAGUAUUGGUUGCUGGGUCAAACACGAGGACAGUGUCUAUUGCGUCUCGUUGAGACCUAGUCGUACUGCCACCAAUGAUGUAUAUCUUGUCAUUGAUUAUCUCGGCACCAUGGCAACAUAUUGGUCGAGGCAUGGUGGCUAGCAACCUUGACGUAAAGGGAGGGAUCAGUUGAAUUUCAUGUAUGGUAUCGUAGACAGUUCGGGGAUAAGAAAAACCGCCGAUAACAAGAAUGCGAUUCUGGUAUACCACACAUACAUGAUGAGCACAUCCUGUUGGUAAUUUCAAUUGAGAUUCAACCCAAUGUCCAUCUUGUUGAUAAAGAUUUAAUUUCUCGACGCUGUCAUGGUCGGAGAUAGAAGCUCCCCCAGUCACAAGCAUGUGACCUUGGUAUAAGACUGAACUCGCUCCAUGCCUAUCUGUAUUCAUUGCUGAGAGUGGCCGCCAUGUUUUGCUUGCCAUAUUGUACACUUCGACCAGCGUACAAAUAAUCCCACCAGCAACAACUAUUUCGGCUUGCGAUUCCUGAGCAUUGCUGUCGUGACCGGUUCGCAUAUUUUGUUCAAUUCUCACGAUAUUUGACAUCACACUGUCCAUCAUUUUAAACAUUUCGUCUUGGGAAGAGCAAAACUUAUCAAUUUGACGUUUCAUAUCAGUAAUCUCGGCUUUCAUUUGACGAAUUUCGUUUCUCGCUGGACACGCAUGCUGGGUGAUUAAGUUCUUAUGCAGUACCAUUUCGGCGCAGUAGUCACACUUGACUCGUCGAAAAUCGCAGACUUUACUUUCGUGAAUUUCUUUAUAGCGUCGAAUAACCAUUUUCUCGCAUUGAUCGUUUGAACAUGGCACUGAACUGAAGUCACAAGUUGCUGCGUGCGCCUCGAGUAAGCCAAGUUCGACAACCUUGCGACAACCACGCUGAGAAUUCUCGCACGAAAUCUUCAAACACGACAGAGUGCUGGCCAGAAAACGCUGGGGUUUACGCAGUGUCUCUACGGUCAAACGGUCUUCACAUGUUGGGCAAUUUCUCGAACGUUUCAGGUGUUCAGUGAUACAAUUUCUACAGAAAUGAUGUUCAUUCCUGCGACAUUGCACCGGGUCUUCGCGCAAUGGAGAUUUUCAUCAACUUUUGUUUCAAACCGUCUAUUUUUAUAGCCUGUUGCCAUGUUGCCAUGCUUUACAUUCUCAACGUUUUUGAACUGGUCUUUUAUCGAACUAUGAUCGACACAACAGCCUAUUAUCACACCAGACAAGGACGUGUAGAUCAUAUGGAUCGAAUUUCGCGUCAAACUCUCAAUUUUGCCUGAGGCGAUGGCUCAGGACUGGAGUGUGAUAUGGGAAUUGAAAUCUGAUCGGAACUUUAUUCAAUUUUUGGACUUGACCAAACUUCAUAGCUUCAUACAGUCAUACUUGCCGAGUCCUAGGACUUGAUCAAAACUUCAUCUUCAUACAGUCAUACUUGCCGAGUCCUAGGACUUGAUCAAAACUUCAUCCAGUCCUAAGACUUGAUCAAACUUUAUCCAGUCCUAGGAAUUGAUCAAACUUCAUCCAGUCUUAGGACUUGAUCAAACUUCAUUCAGUCCUAAGACUUGAUCAAACUUUAUCCAGUCCUAAGACUUGAUCAAAGUUUAUCCAGUCCUAAGACUUGAUCAAACUUCAUCCAGUCCUAAGACUUGAUCAAACUUUAUCCAGUCCUAGGACUUGAUCAAACUUCAUUCAGUCCUAAGACUUGAUCAAAGUUUAUCCAGUCCUAAGACUUGAUCAAACUUCAUCCAGUCCUAGGACUUGAUCAAAGUUUAUCCAGUCCUAAGACUUGAUCAAACUUUAUCCAGUCCUAGGAGUUGAUUAAACUUCAUCCAGUCUUAGGACUUGAUCAAACUUCAUUCAGUCCUAAGACUUGAUCAAAGUUUAUCCAGUCCUAAGACUUGAUCAAACUUCAUCCAGUCCUAGGACUUGAUCAAACUUCAUCCAGUCCUAAGACUUGAUCAAACUUUAUCCAGUCCUAAGACUUGAUCAAACUUCAUCCAGUCCUAAGACUUGAUCAAACUUUAUCCAGUCCUAAGACUUGAUCAAACGAUUGUAGCAUUUUGAAGUUUGAUCAAGUCCUAGGACUGGAUGAAGUUUUAUUCAAGUCCUAGGACAGGACUGGAUGAAGACAUAAACGUUGAUCAAUUCCUAGGACUGGAACAAGUUUGAUCCCAAGUUUUACUAUGGACAUCGAUGAAGUUUGAUCAUAUUUAAAAUCCUCAUAUUGUGCUCCCGUCUUUGCCCUUUGGGCUUCGCCUCAAAAUGAGACUGGAAAACGAAAUUCGAUAUUAUCUAGAUGGCAUGCACCGGAUUAAUGUCUAUAACAACGCAAAUUUGUCAUAAUUUGACAGAAUUUGUCGUAUGAUGGUUCAAAUUUCAUAAAGGCGAAUAGAUACAGCCAAACAUUGUCGAUUAUUUACUAUUCUUAAUUUAAAACAAAGUUUUGAAAAACGUUGAGAGACACGGAGUGUAAAGCGAUGGCAACAGGCCACGAAGAUACAAGGUUUGAAACACAAGUUGAUGAUAAUCUUCAUUGCGUGAUUUGCACUGAAGUAUUGAAAGACCCGGUGCAAUGUCGCAGGAAUGAACAUCAUUUCUGUAGAAAUUGUAUCACUGAACAUCUAAAACGUUCGCGAAAUUGCCCAACAUGUAAAGAACGCUUGACCGUAGAGACACUAGGCGAACCUCAGCGAUUCUUGGCCAGCACUCUGUCGAGUUUGAAGAUUUCGUGCGAGAAUUCCGAGCGUGGUUGUCGCAAGGUUGUCGAACUUGGCUCACUUGAGGCGCACGUAGCAAUUUGUGAUUUCAGUCCGGUGCCAUGUUCAAACGAUCAAUGUGAGGAAAUUGUUAUUCGACGCGAUAAAGAAACUCACGAAAGUAAAGUCUGCGAUUUUCGACGAAUCAUGUGUCACCACUGCGCCAAAAUUGUACUGUAUAAGAACUUUACUCAGCACACGUGCCCAGAAAGACACGAAGUUCGUCAAAUGAAUGCCGAGAUUACUGUUAUGAAACAUCAAAUUGAUAAGCUUUGCUCUUCCCAAGAUGAAUUGUUUAAAAAGAUGGAAAAUGCGAUGUCAAAUCUUGCGAUAAUUGAACGAAAUAUGCGAGCCGGUCGUGAAAGCAAUGCUCAGGAAUUGCAAGCCGAAAUAGUUGUCGCUGGUGGGAUUCUUUGCACGUCGGUCGAAGUGUUCAAUAUGGCAAGCAAAACAUGGCGGCCACUCUCAGCAAUGAACACAGAUAGACCUGGGGCAAGUUCAGUUUUAUACCAAGGUCACAUCCUUGUGACUGGGGGAGCUUCUAUCUCCGACCUUGACAGCGUCGAGAAAUUAAAUCUUGAUCAACAAGAUGGACAUUGGGUUGAAUCUCAAUUGAGAUUACCAGCACCGUCUGCUCAUCAUGCGUGUGUGGUAUAUCGGAAUCGUCUUCUUGUUAUCGGAGGUUUUUCCUGUCCCAGAGUUUACGAUACCAUACAUGAAAUUCAGCUGACCCCUCCCUUUACGUCAAGGUUGUUAACCACCAUGCCUCGACCAAUAUGUUGCCAUAGUGCCGAGAUAGUGAAUGACAAGAUAUACAUCAUUGGUGGCACUAAGACUGGGUCUCAUGAAAACGCGAAAGACACUGUUCUCAUGUUUGACCCAGCAACCAAUACUUGUACAGAGCUCAAUCGACUGCCAUACCGAGUAUCAAAAAUGGCAACAGUAACUUGGAAAGACAAUGUGGUUGUCCUUGGCGGGAGAGACAGAGAUAAACGACCUCUGGAUACAGCGUUGUUGUAUAAUGUUACCACGGGAAGUUAUCGCAUGUUGCCGGCGAUGCGAAGGAAGCGAUAUGGUUGCACAGCAGUGAUCGUCCGUGAUAACAUUAUCGUAAUGGGUGGCACAGAAAAUAUUCUUGCAGAUAUUAGAUAUUGUGAAUGUUUCAGUUUUGACACAAACACAUGGACAGAGUUCCCAGCCAUGAAUAAAGCAAGAACUUAUGCUACUGCUGUUGUGAAAUAUCGUUGAUAUCGUUGCAAAUAUAAACUCAAAGUAUAGACUCAUAACUGCCUAGUGGUUUAAUACAAUGUUUAAACAUUCUUUUUAUGGCUUGUUAACAAACUCUUCCGUGUAAAUGCUUCUUGUAUUUAAGUUGUUAAAUUCAUUUACGAUUAUUGAAAGUGUACAAAAAGUCCUCAAAAAGUGAAGUCGAUUAUAGUCGUCCUAGAUAGAAGUCGGAUACGUUUGAUUAAGUCUCAGGACUGGAUGAAGUUUUAAUCAAGUCCUAGGACUGGAUUAACUGAAGUUUUAAUCAAGUCCUAGGACUGGAUUAACUGUUGAUCAAGUCCUAGGACUGGAUAAGAUUUGAUCAAGUCCUAGGACUGGAUGAAGUUUGAUCAAGUUCUAGCACUGGAUGAAGUUUGUUCUAGUCUUAGGACAGAAUGAAGUUUGAUCAAGUCCUUGGACUGGAUGAAGGUUUGAUCAAGUCCUAGAACUGGAUUAGCUGUUGAUCAAGUCCUAGGACUGGAUAAGAUUUGAUCCUAGAACUGGAUGAGCUGUUGAUCAAGUCCUAGGACUGGAUAAGAUUUGAUCCUAGGACUGGAUGAAGUUUGAUCAAGUCCUAGGACUGGAUGAUGUUUUGAUCAAGUCCUAGGACUGGAUGAAGUUUGAUCAAGUCCUAGGACUGGAUGAAGUUUUAAUCAAGUCCUAGGACUGGAUGAUGUUUGAUCAAGUCCUAGGACUGGAUGUUGUUUUGAUCAAGUCCUAGGACUGGAUGAAGUUUGAUCAAGUCUUAGGACUGGAUGAAGUUUGAUCAAGUCUUAGGACUGGAUGAAGUUUGAUCAAGUCCUAAGACUGGAUGAAGUUUUGAUCACGUCUUAGGACUGGAUGAAGUUUGAUCAAGUCUUAGGACUGGAUAAAGUUUGAUCAAGGCUUAGGACUAGAUGAAGUUUGAUCAAGUCUUAGGACUGGAUAAAGUUUGAUCAAGGCUUAGGACUGGAUGAAGUUUUAAUCAAGUCCUAGGACUGGAUGAUGUUUGAUCAAGUCCUAAGACUGGAUGAAGUUUUAUCACGUCUUAGGACUCGAUGAAGUUUGAUCAAGUCUUAGGACUGGAUGAAGUUUGAUCAUACUUCUAUAUAUAAUUUUGUAAUUUUGGUUUAUUUUUCAGCACCACUGUCGCAAUUGUGGUGGAAUCUUUUGUAAUCCAUGUUCGGACAAUGAAAUGCCUCUACCAUCUUCAGCUAAGCCCGUUCGCGUCUGCGACAUUUGUUAUAAUACAUUACUACAGAGGUAUCAAAGUUGACAGCCAGCCUGACAACCAAAUAAUCUCAUGGAAAUUCAACGUCUACACAUUCGUCAGCUGUAUGUUUGUGACAUCGAUCUGUUGCAGAAAUUAUACCUCAAAGAUAUCAGUGUGAUUUAACUUAAGGCUGUUUUCCGUAUGGGCGUAAUGGUUCUUUGUCUCUUCGUCAUGAAAUACACGAAUGUAUAUAAAAUUAACAUUCGAUGAUUUGCUUCUGCAAAACCUUUCAAUUAUGUAAACAUGACGUCUUCGUAAUACUUUGUUGUAUACUUAAGUAAUUUAUGAUAAGUAUGUGUUGAAAAACGCUACACCUUACCAGCCUCGUCCCCAGGCUCCAACUCAUCAACGGCGCAGCAAAUCAAAGCGCCUGGGGACGAGGCUGACACCUUACAUACUUUGAGCAUAGAUAUCUUAUAUACACUAGAUAAUGCAUCUAAUUAUUCUACAUUUCAAAAAUUGAAAUGAGAAGAUUCGUAUGUUUUCUAUUUCUUAAACACGGAACUUAAAUAUUAAGGUAAACCCAUUCCAAAUACAUUUUUAAACUAUUCAAAUGAUGAAAGUUAUUGUUGUUUUUUAAGCGUUUAUUAGCGAGUGGGAAACACCAACAUGGCUGCCAUUUAUUCAAAUGGGGGUAACCGCUGGAAUAUUCUUGGCUUCAAUUUUACUAAAGGAGAUCGAUGCGCUAUCUAUAGUCUAUAUAAGAUAUCUAUGACUUUGAGGUGCUUUGAACACCAGUGUUAAACAGCUGUCGAAUUUAUUAUCUUACUUCUCAAAAGGACUUGUAUUUAAAGACAAAUUCAAGGCGAUGAUAGUUGACGAGUUGAUUUAUGGCCGUUUUUUACCGUGGUUUGACCGUUUUCCCAGUUUCUGCUAACAAAUCGUUAAUGAGUGUGUUAAAACCUGGUUUCCAUAUGGUCGUAACGGUCGUAAAGAUUGAGUCACGAUCUUUCUCAUCUGCCGAAAUACAACAUUUUAGAACUGAAAAUACGCGGAGUGAUUAUAAACUGGCCGUUGAGAAAGAGCGUGACUCUUUUUACGACCAUUACGACCAUAAUGAAACCAGGCUUAAUCGUCUAAUUAUUUUGAAAUAUACGUGAUUACAUAAUCUUUGUUUUGUGAUGUCUCGUGUGGAACUAAUUAUAGUAAAGGCAAAUAAAAAUUCCGCUCCGCGCGCAAAAUUAAUUCCGGCUACACACGUAAAAACGCACAAAUUUGUUCACAAGUUGUGUUCGCACUGCUUGUUCCCAGUUAUUGUAACAAGUUUGGAACAAGCUGUUAACCCUG